CCUGGCUCACAUCUUGGCCUCACAUCCGAGAUCCUUGAGAUGCCCUUUCAUACAGCCACACUGAACCAAGAAGUGAAGGCAUCUAACGAGCCAGCUUCUCUUGACUGAUAAUGACGACGGUAUCAUGUCUGUCAAUACAGUGGGCUCAGUUCAAGGACCCGAAUUCUUAAGAAGGAUGCUCUCCCUCAAAACUCGGCUGAAAGACAGGACAUGUCCCCCAUCACCCGAUCCAUCCCCGCGCCAACUCGCUGAAUCCUACCGCAGUUCCGCCCUAAUAUACCUUUACCGAGUGAUGCGACGAGCUUUCCCCAUGCAAAGGGACGAACUGUCGUCCAAGGCCACUAUACAGGUAGCAUCCGUUGUGGACAGCAUUUCGCAAAUACCACCGCGAAGCUUACCAGAAUGCACAUUACUUUUCCCGCCCUUCCUAGCGGGAGGUGAAGCUACAGCUGAAUCGCAUAUGGAAAGUCUUCGGCAUCGAAUGCUUGAUAUCAUUGAGUCACGUGGAUUCAAGAAUGUAGAGGUGGCGCUUUCAGUUUUGGAGAAGCUAUGGCGGCUGCGGAUUACCGGGAGGACGACGAUGGAAGCUGUACGGGUUGGCUGGCUUGAUAUCGUGCAGCAGAAUGGCAUUGAGCUCCCUUUAACAUGAGAUCCAUGCAGUCUUUAUUGCGUUUGUACAGUGUUGAAGCAUACUUGUCGUUUAUAACUUGUAUAUUGGCGCAUUUUGGAAGAGCUGAAAUUAUCAGGAUAUACUAUUACCUAUCUCACAAUGGCAAAAGAUGCGUUACAUGAUGAAAUGAAUAGCCUUUUGUAUUUUGAUUGAUCGAAUAGAAUAGACUAUUGUGGGCUAUCUAGUCACCUAGAAAUUGCUCGGUCAGUAGUACAUUAUCCAGAAGCCAGAAGCUCCCAAAGGAUACAGCAGAUCUUAUUUUAGAAUCGAGUUGGUGAUAGCACUUGGGAGGUAGGUAGAUAGUCGGCCAUCAUUAUUAAUUGUCUAUUCUCUGUCU